AUGCUGCGGUCUGUAGGGUUGUAUGGGAGAGGGUUGAAGGCACCUUCUAUGUAUGAGUUGGGAACAUGGAUUUUAAAGGAGCUGCUAAACACAGAGCGUAGCAUUGAGGUGAUUAAAAGGACAUGGAAUGAGACUGGAGUAACCAUUAUGUCAGAUGGAUGGUCUGACAUAAAGAGCAGGAGCUUGAUUAACAUUCUUGUGAACAAUCCCUACGGCACAGUGUUUUUACGAUCGGUUGAAGCUUUAGAUGAGGUGAAAAAUGCUACAUUCAUUUUCAAUUUACUUGAUGGUGGUGGGGAGCAAUUGGUUGUCCAGGUAGUGACUGAUAAUGCCAGUGCAUACAAAGCAGCUGGUCAGAUGUUGAUGGAGAAGAGGACACACCUAUAUUGGACCCCCUAUACAGCACAUUGUAUCGAUCUUAUUUUGGAGGAUCUUGGUGACUUACCUCAGCACAAGAGUGCUCUUUCUAGGGCGAAGAAGAUUACAAAGUUCAUCUACAAUCACUCUUGGGUUUGCCACAUCUUAUUUGACACUGUAGAGCUUGAUAGAGGUGAGGGGAAGAAAAGUGAGGGGAAGGAAAUAAGAAAGAUAAUUCUGAAUGAUAAAUUUUGGGCUACUGUGACCUAUGCCAUUUUGAGCACGAGACCCUUAGUGCAAGUACUGCGAUUAGUGGAUGCAGAGAAGAAACCAGCUAUGGGUUUUAUUUAUAAUGCUAUGGAUAAGGCCAAGGAGUUGAUUGCAUACAACUUGGGAGGAGAGGAGGCAAGUUCUAGGGAGAUUUGGGAUAUCAUUGAUGCUCGGUGGGAGGUGCAGUUACACCAUCAUCUACAUGCAGCGGCAUAUUAUCUCAAUCCUCAAUUUCAAUAUUCAGAGAAGAAAUCUUCAAAUCCUGAGGUGAAGCUUGAUCUAUAUCAUUGUAUGGAAAGACUAAUACCGGAGCAGGCAGAUAGGGAGCUUGCAGAUUUACAACUUGUUCUAUUCCGGAAUAAAUAG